AUGACGGAACCCCCAUUAGAACAGCCGCCGAUGGCGGAUACUUACGACGACCGAAACCGCGAGCCGCAUCCGUUUGCGCCAAUCUUCACUCUCGUGAACAAUGCAUCAACGCGUACAACCCACCAUCCACAUGUGCGCUACAUCUUCAGCGACGAUGACCCAGACAUCCUAAUUCAAGCAUUAGCCGAACUUGAUAUCGGUGUCGACGGAGCAGCCUCGGACCCAGCCUUAUCCAAUAGAGCCAUGAUAUUGGACCUAGCACCCGAUCCCACAGGCGGCUACAGUGUGGCUUGGGUUUCAAGCUUGUCACCGUCAUGGGCAGUGCUGGAUGCGCAGGUCAGCCAGAUAGCUCCAUAUUCGUCCGACGGAGAAAGCAAUAAUGGCAAUGAAGGUGGAGAUGGAAGUAGUCGGCCAGAUCGACUUAUGCUUAAGAUCGAAGGUGUAGAGAGCAAUAGCUUAGGCUCGGAGGGUGGGCUAUCUGGAGAGGCAAGCAGACACGGCUCGGGUAGCGGAAGUGGCCAGCAUGAUCGUGACCGAGGAGAAAUCGAAGACUAUACCAACAUAAUGGACAAAUUUGAUAAGCAGAUGAUCACCUUGAGGAAAAUCGUCGACGCCAGCGAGGAGAGACAACGGAAGACGGGUACAGAUGCCUAUACGACGACGGAGUCCCCACAAGAGGUAGCGGGCGGAUCCCAGCCGAUGGAUUGA